AGAUAAUUGAUACAACAAUUCAGUUAUUAUUACGACGUUGUGCAGGUGUGACAUAAUCGUCGGUUAUAGACGGUAACAAAGUCUGAGAAGAAAGAGUGAUCAAAAUGCCUUCAAUAGCUGGGAAGUACCAACAUUACAAAAAUGAAAACGUAGAUGAAUAUUUCAUAGCGGUCGGAGUACCUUAUAUGGCGAGGAAGAUGAUGGCAAUGUCUUCACCAUUGAUGGAGAUCCAUUUGGAUGGCAACAAAAUGACUAUAAAGUCUACAUCGAUGGUGAGGACAACAGAGUAUACCUUCACACUUGGAGAAGAGUAUGAAGAAAAAAUGCCAGAAUCAACUAUUAAGAGUGUGACGAAAAUAAUAAGUGACAACGAAGUGGAAACCAUUUCCUUGAUACCUGAGACUAAUGAGAAAACUGGUCGUCACUAUUUGUUCACAGAUGACGAAUGUGUUAUCACUCUUACACACGACAAAGCUAAAACACCAGGCAAGCGGUAUUUCCGUCGUUUGUAGUAAAAUUAAUAAUGAGAAGAUUAAUCACGAAGAUAACAGAUUCUUGACAAAUUGGGAUGGACUCGGUUUUUAAAAAACUCGUGUAAAAAUAUUAUAAUUCAUAAUAAAAAAAAAACAUUAUGACUGCGUGUUCUUUUAAAUACAAAAAUCAUUGGUACUGCAA